AUGAAAAACUUGAAUCAGAAAAAUGAAAUUUAUCAAGUGUUCACUCUGUACAAAGUGUUGAAGGAGGGAGCAUUGGCCAGCUCUUCUGUGAGGCCCGAGGCAGCCACACCACCCCCAGGCACCCAGGCUAGAUGUGAAGCUAGAAUGAACUUCCUGGGUGAAGGGGGAAUCUGCAAGCUGCCAGGAAGACUCCGCAUCCAGCCGGCACUCUGGAGCAGGGAGGACGUGUUGCACUGGCUGCACUGGGCUGAGCAGGAGUACUCUCUGCAGCGCACUGGGGAGCAUGGGUUUGAGAUGAACGGCCGAGCCCUCUGCAUUCUCACCAAGGAUGACUUCCGGCUUCGUGCACCUGGUUCAGGUGACGUCCUGUAUGAGCUGCUUCAGUACAUCAAGACCCAGAGGCAAGCCCUAGUGUGUGGACCCUUUUCUGGAGGGGCCUUCAGGCAGAAGAUGCCCACUCAGCACUGCCUCUGCCUCCUGGAAGAGGGGACUGGGCCCCCUCAGUUGGCCCCCCGAAGGGAUCUCCUGCAGCAACCAUCACACCUGGGGCUUGCCAGCUCCUUGAGUCCCUUGGCCAAGGGGCCCCUUGGCAGGGAGGUGUCCCUCAACGUUUCUCACUGUGCGGAGCUGGGCUGCAGGGCUGAGGGAUCCUGCUCCUUCCCCACCAUACCGCAGGCCCCCAUUGAUGGCAGGAUCGCUGACUGCCGGCUACUGUGGGAUUACGUGUAUCAGCUGCUCUCGGACGCCAGGUACGAGCCCUACAUCAGGUGGGAAGACAAGAAUGCCAAGAUCUUCAGAGUUGUGGAUCCAAACGGGCUUGCCAGACUCUGGGGAAACCAUAAGAACCGGGUGAACAUGACCUAUGAGAAGAUGUCUCGUGCCUUGCGUCACUACUAUAAGCUGAACAUCAUUAAGAAGGAACCCGGGCAGAAACUCCUGUUCAGAUUUCUGAAGACACCUGGGAAGGUGAGCCAGGACGAGGACAGCCGCCUGGAGCAGCCAGAGAGCCAGGAGCAGGACGGGAUGGAUUUCAAGGAGGAGAUGCUGGAAGUCUCUCCAUGAGGGGC